AUCUAUGGAUUCAUGGCCACUUUUUCAAAAUUUAUAAAUACUUGGUACAACUAUAGAUGUGGUUGUGGGUGGGGUAGACGACAAAGCACAACGGCUUCCUUGUAUUCUUCGAUUCUUCUUCUUUAAUCUUUACGAUUGCCACCCGUUCACCAGCGAUAACAUCAUUUUUGUUUAUCUAUUCUUUUAUUUUUCCCUAUUUAAAGACUAUAUUUUUGUUCUGCGCCGUUCGUGUGUUCCGAGGUUUGGGCACUCUUCCGCUUCUCUGAGCUUGCUUAAUUGCUUCCGUACUGGCGGAUUGAAUUGCGGUUUUGAUUUCGGGUCUGAUAGUGGGUCGAUUUGGGUUUGAUCUGUGAAAUUGAGGGAGAGUUUACACAGUAGAGAUAGAGAGAGAGAGAGAGAGACUGAGAUGUGGAGUAUCACUAGGUUUUGGGAGAAAGCAAACAUGGUGGGAGAAGGGGGAUCUGGGUAUUGCUCUAAGAAGAAGGACGAUAUGUGUAGUGAGUAUACAGGUCGAGCAUUAAGCAUGUCAAGAAUCAAAUGUAUUCUGCGAGGCCUGGACUUGAAAACAUACAUCUUCCUUUUCGUUAUGGUACCAAUUAGUUUAUUUGGUAUUUAUGUCCACGGGCAGAAAAUAACAUAUUUUCUGAGGCCGUUAUGGGAGAAGCCACCAAAGCCCUUCCAUGAAAUCCCGCAUUAUUAUCACGAGGAUGUGCCUAUGGAGAAUCUCUGUAAACUUCAUGGCUGGGGAAUCCGGGAGUACCCGAGGCGUGUCUUUGAUGCGGUGUUGUUCAAUAAUGAGGUGGACAUUCUUACGAUAAGAUGGAAGGAGCUGUACCCGUAUGUGACGGAGUUUGUUUUACUUGAAUCGAAUUCAACGUUCACUGGACUGCCAAAGCCCCUGCAUUUUGCUAAGAACCGGGAGAAGUUUGAUUUUGUUGAGCCACGGUUAACUUAUGGGCAAGUUCCGGGCCGAUUUAGGAAGGGCGAAAAUCCGUUCGUCGAAGAGGCUUAUCAGCGGUUAGCGUUAGACUAUCUUCUCAAACAAGCCGGUAUCCAGGACGAUGACUUAUUGCUAAUGUCGGAUGUCGAUGAGAUCCCGAGUAGACACACUAUAAAUCUCUUGAGGUGGUGCGAUGACAUACCUCCCGUCCUGCAUCUCCGGUUGAAGAACUAUCUGUACUCGUUCGAGUUCCUCGUCGAUAACAAUAGCUGGAGAGCUUCGGUUCACAGAUAUCAAUCCGGGAAGACGAGGUACGCUCAUUAUCGACAGUCGGAUGACAUUUUGGCUGAUGCGGGGUGGCACUGUAGCUUUUGCUUCCGCCGUAUCAACGAAUUCAUCUUCAAGAUGAAAGCCUACAGCCAUUUCGACAGAGUGAGAUUCUCACACUUCCUCAACCCGAAACGAAUCCAGAGAGUAAUAUGCAAAGGGGCUGACCUGUUCGAUAUGCUACCCGAGGAGUACACGUUCCGGGAAAUCAUCGGAAAAAUGGGACCCAUACCCCAUUCAUACUCCGCCGUUCAUCUUCCAUCCUACCUCCUCGAGAACGCCGACAAAUACAAAUUCCUAUUGCCCGGGAACUGUAUGAGAGAAAACAACCGAUCCGAGAGCUGAGUCCAAACUUUUAUGAUCCCGUCAAGUUCAUAGGUGCAGCAGCUUGCACUGCUACUAGCGAAGCAUUUUGCGUGGACAUCUCGAUCUGCACCCGAAUGUACCAACUGCAACCUCAUUCCACGGACGAUACAAAACGCUUUGGCGGGUUCUUGGAAGCGAAAAUUUUGUACACAACUAAGAGGGAUGACAGUUAAAGAAUGUUAUUAUGAUGUUCAUUUGCUGUAUGUGACCAUACAGCUUAUGGCUCUUGGGGGAACUAUCACUUGUGUGACAACUUUUGGUUGGUUUGAAUCUGUUUUGUGGUGUUCAUUCAACUGGAUGAUUAGGCUAUUAUUAUGUAGUAAUUUGAUCACCAUUUUUAUUUACUUUUUUCUUCAAGAUUAGUGUUUGGGUUUCCUUUUGUAAGUUAAGUGUUUGAUAGUAACACUAGCCACUAGGUAAUGUUUUUUGCACCAAUUUUUUCGUGGUUAAAUAUAAUAUUAUCAGCUUUGAUGUAGUAAAGACAGUUUGUUUUAAUGUAUAAUUUUUGUCUA